AUGUCCACCCGGCUGUCCUCCCUCCCCCGCCUCGGCCUGGGCCUGCGCGGGCUCCGCACCAAGGCCCGCGCCGCCCCCGCCGCUGCCGCCGCCACGCCCGAAGUCGAGGCCCACGCCCGCAAGAUGCGCACGAUCGAGAGCAUGCCCUUCCAGACGUACCAGCACGCGCUCGCCGUGAUCCACCAGGACCGCGAGGAGAAGCUCGCCCAGAUCAAGACCGAGCACGAAAGGAUUGCAAAGAUGAUAAAGUACAAGAACCUCGCGCCCAGCAGCAGGGUCGUCAAGAGCAUGACCAGGUACCUGGAGGACCUCAAGAUAAAGGCGGAUAUCAAUAAUCCCAGGGUCAAGUAUAACUUUGAUACGGGCGUUAUCGGCAUGAACAAACCCGUCUACCGCUUCCUCCUCGAGAAGAAAUGGCGCUCCAUGCGGCGCCCCGUCCUCAUGCAGCGUCUCACGCAGAUGCACGUCAUCCCCGACGUUCUCCCCAGCGUCGACCCGCGCGUCGACGUGCAGGUGCGCUUCGCGGGGCGCGACACCGCCCCCGGCAUGUUUGUGGGCUCCAAGAACUCGGAGCGCCCGCCGACGCUCAAGAUCAUCCCGUUCCGCCAGGGCGAGAAACUGUGCACUGUUGCUGUUGUGGAUCCUGAUGUCCCCGACGUUGAAAAAGACGGUUUCCGCUACCGCUGCCACUGGAUCGUCUCCAACAUCCCCAUCUCGCCCCUCCAAACCCAAGCCAUCGGCACCGGCGCCAAGCCCUCCGACACCCUCCUCCCCUACCUCCCCCCGCACGUCCAAAAAGGCAGCCCCUACCACCGCUACGCCCUCUUCGUGUUCGAGCAGCCGGGCAACAACAGGCUCGACUCGAACCUCAAGAUCGACCGCGAGACGUUCAACAUGCGCGCGUUCCAGGAGAAGCACGCGCUCAAGACUGUGGGCGCGUACAUGUGGCGCGGCCGCUGGGACGAGGACACGAUGGAGGUGAUGAAGCGGAAUGAGCUGCCCGGGUGGGAUGUGAUGUUUACGAGGGUGAAGGAUACGUAG